AUGCUUCGAACAGUAACCUUACGCGCUGGUUGGAAUUUAAAAAACUAUGGAGGGUGUAUUGGUUGUGGUUUAUUGAACAGUGAGAAAGCUAUGGUGGCUAGUGCUCGUAACGAGAAAUACUGCAUAAAUACUUAUGCACGCCCACCAAUAAUAAUCACUUCUGGUAAAGGGAGUUACGUAUAUGAUACCUCUAAUCGACGAUAUCUCGAUUUUACAGCCGGGAUAGCGGUUAGCGCACUCGGCCAUGCUGAUCAGGAGCUAGCUCAUGUUUUAUACGAUCAAGCGCUUAAACUCAUACAUAGUAGCAAUUUAUUUCAUAAUCAACAAUCGGGAGAAUUAGCUGAAUUGCUAGUAAACUCAACAAGAGAAAGCGGAGGAUUUGAUGCUGCCAAAGUGUUUUUUUCGAAUUCCGGCACUGAAGCUAACGAAGGCGCUAUGAAAUUUGCCCGCAAAUGGGGUAAACAUGUUGCUAAACCUGGACAAGACAAGUAUGGCUUUGUAUCGUUUUUAAACAGUUUCCAUGGUCGCUCUAUGGGUGCCCUAUCCGUUACGCCGCAGCCAAAAUAUCAGGCUCCGUUCGCUCCAAUGGUGCCUGGAUGCACCUACGCACCAUUUAAUGACGUUGAAAAGGUUCGAGAGUUCAUUAACGAAGGAACCUGUGGCGUUAUUGUCGAGCCUGUACAAGGAGAAGGGGGUAUUUAUGAGGCCAGUUUUGAAUUUUUGAGUGCUUUGAGGAGCAGAUGUGAUGAAGUCGGUGCUCUGUUAAUUUACGAUGAGAUCCAGUGCGGUCUCGGUCGCACUGGUAAACUUUGGGCCCACGGAUAUUAUCCCAAAAACUGUCAUCCAGAUAUAGUAACAAUGGCCAAACCACUUGCUAAUGGCAUUCCAAUUGGAGCAAUAAUGGCCACUAGCCGUGUAGCCGACGUAAUAGGAAUUGGUGACCACGGAACAACUUUCGGUGGUAACCCACUUGCCUGCCGUGCUGCUCUCUCUGUCGUCUCCCGACUCAAAUCGCCUGCUCUUCUUUCUAACGUCACUGACGUUGGCAACUAUAUCAAAUCUCGAUUGGAAUCUUUUGUGCAGAAAUAUCCUAAAGUGGCUGCCGAAGUCAGAGGAAAGGGUUUAAUCCUCGGAUUACAACUAAAUGUUGAUCCAGUUCCGUUGUUGCAAUUAGCUCGCGAUCGAGGUCUGCUGGUAAUUACAGCGGGAAAAAAUGUCGUCAGACUAGUACCGCCGCUAAAUUUGAAAAAAGAGGAAGCAAAGGAAGGAAUGGAUAUUUUGGAAGCAGCACUAGAUGAAUUUGUACAGACAAAUGCAUAA